AUGUCUUCUGCAGCCACCAUAAACGCUAGCGGAAAAGCUGCUCUCAUACUUCGUGAAAAGCUGGGCGCUGAUAAGGUCAUCCUGCCAGAUGACGCUCUCCCAGAUGUAGGCCAAUUUGACACAACCUUUUAUUUCAUUGCACAGGCUGCGCAGAUCGUCCCUGUAUGCCGUGUUCUCCCAGUCAACGCUGCGGACGUCGCGGCAAUCCUUAAUAUUGUCCGGGAGACCGGGGCUACUUUUGCAAUUAAGUCUGGAGGUCAUAACUCAUACGCUUCUGGGACCAAUGCGGAGAAUGGAAUCACUAUCGACCUGAGUCGUUUUAAAGACAUCACCAUCUCGGAUGAUCGCAAGUCUGUCACCGUUGGUGCUGGCUGCAGGUUCGGCGAAAUUUACGACAAGCUAGAGGCACAUGGACUUGGGUGCGUUGGUGGCCGAAUUUCUAGUGUCGGGGUUAGUGGACUUACUAUGGGAGGUGGCAUUUCUUUCUUCUCGUCCGAAAGAGGGCUUGCUUGUGACAAUGUCAUAAGUUACGAGCUCGUUCUUGCCAAUGGCCAAAUUCUAAAUGUCAGUGAAAAGUCGCAUCCUGACCUUUUCUGGGGCAUGAGAGGAGCCGGUAUCACUCUUGGUAUCGUCACUCAUAUGGAGCUGAGAACCUUUAAUUUUGGACAAAUAUGGGGUGGUGCCAGUGUAUUCUCCCAUGAAAACAAGGCUGCAGUUUUCGAUGCAUUCAAUAAGUUUGUACACGAUGGCUCAGAUCCUAGUACGGAAGCUUUUAUGCUAUCUACCGAUGCCGCAAAGGAUGGUAAUAGCGUAUACGCUGUCAUCACGUCUCACAGCAAUCCGCAAUCCGACACCGCGGUCUUUGACGAUAUUAAAAGUCUAACCCCUCUUGCCUCAACCACUCAAAUUCGAAGCUUGAAAAAUCUUUGUGACGAGAUGGAUAGUCAAAAUGAGCCAGGUUUCAGAUUCCGGACCUCUUCAUUGUCUGUGAAAUUUAAUCUAUCAACGCUGGAACAGAUUGAUGCCUUUCAUAAAGAAUCUGUGGCUCUCCUAAAGGAUUGCGAUGGUUUCGUGCCCUCCAUAUUAUACCAACCAUUGGUCGGUUCUAUGCUUCCAAAGGACGCGAUUGGCAAUGCGUUGGGAAUCAAACCGGAAGACACACCUUUAAUAAUUAUAGCAAUUCUUUGGAGGUGGACAGACGUUCAACAUGAUAAGAUGAUCUUCGACGUUGCCGAUCAGUUUGUGGACAAAGUUGAGAAGGCCGCUCGGGCUCAGGGCACGUUCCACCGCUACCAAUAUCUCAACUAUGCAGCCAGACACCAGGAUGUAUACGGUAGUUAUGGGGAGGAGAACAUAAAGCGCCUUCUAGAGAUCAAAACAAAGUAUGAUCCUGAAGAUUUGAUGUCGACACUGCGUCCAGGUAUCAUCCAGUUGUCGGGCUCGCAGAAGGCAUGA